GUUAAAGUUUCGUUUGACCUGGACAACAUUCAGAUCAAAUACAUUGAUGAGGAUAAUGAUGAGGUCUGUGUGAAUAGCAAAGAGGAAUAUGAAGAAGCUCUGAAGAUUGCAGUUAAACAAGGAAAUCAACUUCAGAUGAAUGUGUAUGAAGAAAACUCUUCUCCGAAAGAAACUUCAUCUUCUUGUUCUUUGCAACUACAUGAAAAAACUGUGACAGAAAAGCUGGCACUUCUUAAAGAUGAGAAGAAACCUCUUUCGUGCUAUUCCAUGCUAGCUCAGGGAUUAGAGGAAGACUUAAAAAACGAAAAGGAGCUGACAGUUCGGCAAAAAUUAAAUCACACCAGAACAGGAAGAGCAAAUGAAAAUCCUCCAGAAUGGUUUACUAGCUACUUGGAAACAUUCAGGGAACAAGUAGUUAAGGAAACUGUUGAGAAACUGGAACAGAAGCUAUAUGAGAAGCUUGUUCAUCACAGUCAGCCUCCAGAUUUUUCUGAGAGCUCUGUUACAGCAGCACCUCCAGCUUCAGAGAGCCAAGAGGGGAACAGCAAGCAGUGUGACUGGCUGAUCUCCUGCUGCAACUGCCAGGCCCGAAUUGUUGGAGUUCGCUACCAGUGCAGCCUUUGUCCAGCCUACAAUAUCUGUGAACAGUGUGAAGCAGGAACAUACACACAUGAUCCUAAUCAUGUCUUGUUAAAGCUGCGAAGACCUGUGCUGUGUGCUGCUGAGAAUUACAGCCUGGCAGAGGUUUCAUCUCGCCUGCCUGCUGCUCUGGAGCAAGUCAGGCUCCAGAAACAGAUGGACAAAAGAUUUCUGAAGGCAGAAAAGCAAAGAUUACGAGCAGAGAAGAAACAGCGAAAGGCAGAGGUCCGAGAGCUCAAAAAGCAGCUAAAAUUGCACAGGAAAAUUCAUCUGUGGAACUCAGUGCACGUAUUGGAAACCAAUGGCUCACCUGCCCUGAAAUCUGAGUGUCUCCAGCUUAAUACCUUCCUGAGUCCUAGUCAACCCUUCCAAGCAAUUGUCCCCACACUAAGUGCAGUAUUUGUGGAUGAGAAUUUGCCAGAUGGGACUCACUUGCAACCAGGAACAAAGUUUAUCAAACACUGGCGAAUGAAAAAUACUGGCAAUGUGGAAUGGAGCUCGGACACAAAGCUGAAACUUAUGUGGGGAAAUCUGACUUUGGCAUCUUCUGAAAAAAAAGAUGUGUUAGUGCCCUCUCUUCCAUCAGGACAAGUAGGAACUGUUUCAGUUGAGUUUGUAGCUCCUAAUAUAGAAGGAACUUACACCUCUCACUGGAGACUGUCACACAGAGGGGAGCAGUUUGGGCCCAGGAUCUGGUGCAGUAUUGUUGUGGAUCCUUCGCCAGCUGGUGACCACCUAUUGAACAAUUUGAAGGAUUCUGACUCUUGUCAGAAGGAUAAAGCUUCCAGCACCAAACAGGAUGCUUCCUUAAAGACAGAAGCAGGUGCUCAACUGAUGGGUGAAAUCAUGGAACAAGCUGAAAUACCUCUGCCAACUAUUCCUUUAAAGAUCAAAAAUCUGCCAAGUGAGAGAGAAUUUUAUAUCCCAUCUGUUGAUCUCCUCACUGCACAGGAUUUACUGUCCUUUGAGCUGUUGGACAUUAAUAUUGUGCAGGAAUUGGAGCGAGUGCCACACAAUACUCCUGUUGACAUGACUCCAUGCAUGUCACCUUUGCCACGUGAUAGCCCCUUGCUGGAGAAACCUGGCUUAGAUCAGAUAGAGGAAGAGAACGAGGCGAGUGGAUUUAAACCAGUGCCUGGUACGUAGUGGUCAUGUUUUCCUGCUGAUACUUGCAUAGUGAAAGUGAAAGCUGAACAUCCGUUGAACCAAGAGGAAGGGGAAGAAGAUAUGAGUGGGACUCAGUUUGUCUGUGAAACUGUCAUUCGCUCUCUAACUCUGGAUGCUGCACCUGAUCAUAAGCCCCCCCAAAAAAAGAAAAUCCUCCAGAACUCUUUACAAACAUUGCAAGACACCUUUAGUUGCAAUAUGAUAAAGGAAGAAUCUCCUAGGAUAAAAACUAAUACCAAUUCCAAAAAGGGAGCAAAGAUUCACCAGUCAGAGGCAAUGACAGAAAACAACUGUGUUGACCUUCCACUCUCUGAGAGAGCAAACCCCUGUAGUGAUACUGGCAAUUCUGAUGAAGAGGAAGAUGAUGAUAAAGACGAUGUUCAAAGUCAAGGCUCCUCUGCUUCAUCAGAGGAUUAUAUCAUUAUUCUCCCUGAGUGCUUUGACACCAGUCGUCCUUUAGGAGAGUCUAUGUAUAGUUCAGCUCUUUCUCAGCCCAGUUUGGAAAAGACAGGAGAAGCUGAAACAGGAGCAGAGAAUCCAGAAGGGGGAAGCCAGCCACAGAUCCACACUGUCAGUGAUAUUUUGGCAACUUCACAAACACUGGCUGUAGUACCACUAACCCCAGAGAUUGGAAACACCUUACCCCAGACCCAAAGGAAUCUUGCAUCUCUUCAGAAUCAUAUUGUCCAGGAACCAAACAUACCAACUUCAGAGAAUCUCUCCUCCACUCCUCAUAAUCAAAUAAGAGAAGAACCCAGUGGUGAGGACAGUCAUGGAUCAGGAUCUUCUGGAGUUCUAACUAGUAAACCGAAGUGCUCAGAAUAUCCAAGAUACCCUCAAGGAAGCAGCAUUGCAGGAGAACUAGUUAAAGGAGCUUUGUCAGUUGCUGCUUCUGCCUACAAAGCAUUAUUUGCUGGACCACCCAUAAUAGAACAGCAGGCUGCAUCUACGGAAGAGCACACGGCCGCUCUUCUGUCCAGUCUGUGUGAGAUGGGAUUCUGUGACAGGCAGUUAAACCUGCAGCUGCUGAAGAAACACAAGAAUAACAUGGUUCAAGUGGUAACUGAAUUGCUUCAGAUCAGUAACAGUGACUGGUACAGCGGUAGAUGUUGA